AAAGAACAGAAUUUUUGUUAAGUAUUGCGUGGGUGAUAUUGUGUAUAUAACUUGCUAAUCAAGACCUACCUCUAUAGCUUUAGUCAGCCUGAUGGUAGAGAAGUUAAAGCCAUCAAACGAGACUUUUCCGAAACAAACUCUACAAUGAUGUUCAGAAUUGUAUUUUUGGUGGGUGUGUUAUCUAGUGUUUUGUGCGAGUGCCCUGCAAAACAAUUUUGUUUCCCAAAGCAAUGGCAAAGCUUGGUAACCUUUGUGAAUGUAACCGGUGAAGGAAAUGGUACCGUACAAAUCACACCGGGCAGUGCUCUCAUCUUCGUUGACGGUGUUGAUGAAAAAUACAGAACAGACAUACAUAACUCAUAUGGAACUGCUACAGUACUAAUACUGUACAAACAGCAUGUUGGAUACCACAUCGAGAACAAUAAAUGUACGCCAUUUAAACCUGGUCCAAAAUAUAACACGACCUUCUGUACUCCAGAAAAUGCCAACAUCUCUAAGCCGUAUCUUAUUGGAUACAAACCAAGUAUCAAAGCUGUCGACUACAAAUUUCCAUUGUUUAUUUCCAACUUGUUCUUCACUGUGGAGGAUAACACUGCUCCUGUAUCCCUGAGACUGUUUGAGACUCUCUCUGGAAAGUUUUCUGUGCUGAGUACAAUUUUGUUUGAAGACUACUCGCCAACUAAACCAGAUCCGAAUGUUUUCAAUGUUCCAAGUAUAUGUAAACACGACAAACAGAAAAAUGCCGAAAUGUGGCAAACUUGGGCUAGCAGGCUGCUUUGGGAAAUGAUGCAGUAGAAUACCGGAGUAGUCACAUGUUGAUAUCAGCUUAAAAUGUUAGAAUUUCUCCAGGCACCUACUUGUUGUAAAUGAAUCAAGACUAGUUUUACAAAAUGCACGUUCGUUUCAUUUGUUACACUUGUGUAAUUGUUCAAAACACUGUUUACAUUUCAAAUUUCUCGUGAAAAGAAGUUUGGUGAUUUUUAUCCACUUUUAUUAUGGCGUAAAAAAUCUAGGAACACUUUAAACAACUGUGUUUAGCCGUUUUAAAAGAUGUUUUCAAGACAGUUAGUUUUCACUAUUUUCUGUUAUGAUUCUUAAUUGGUAAAAUUGCAUAUUUAUAACUAGUUGUUCAUGCAGUUAUCAACAUACUAGUGUACUGACCAAGCACUAACUCAGUUUCAAUAAAAAUAUUACAGCAUA